AUGGCGGACGAAGAAGGGGACGAACAAGACGUUGUUGUUGUUGCUUCUACUAGGAAAAGGCCUAAAGUUGCAUGGAGUGAUGACCUAAGCCAUGAUUCUGAGGAAGAAAGAGAAAAGGAACGCCUCGCCCAGCUCGAAAGAGAACUCGCAGAAACACCCGUCAAACCAAUCUAUCCCCCAGAAGACCUCGAAAAACUUGUAGGUUUUGUAAUGAAAAUGACCACUCUCUACGAUCUUCGUGACGAAGAUUGGACUGAUGAAGCAAAACAGGGAAUUGAAGAGUGGAUCUUAGAACCUAAACACCUCAUGCUCAGCGUUUACUUUAGAGGCGAUAAACUCAAAGCUACGCCCGAUAUUCCCUUAGUUCACGUUUAUGAUCUCACUUACUUUCUGAGGCCUCCUGACCACGUCUUUCAAGUCAGUACAUUCCAUGAUGAGAUUACGUUCGGGACCUUCGUAGAUUCUGUAGAAUCGAAUAUGAUACAACUAUUGGAAAAUGUAUAUGCUCCCUAUUUCUUCUCGGUGAAUACAUGGCCGGAUAGCGUCAAGAGUGAAUUUUGUAGCCAUAUACAUACGUUUUUGGCCAAGCUGACUGAUAUGUACUACAAAAUGCUUGGCCUGACCGUUCUUUACAUACCUCAAGAAGGCCAACAAUUGUCUUUUGAAAAAGCUAGCGCUGACAGAGAACUGGUGAAGAGAUUGGAAGGAGUAGUGGUGUACUGGACUCAUCAGAUGAAAUCGUGUUUGGAGGAUACGGCGUUUGUGGCUUCACAGAAGGAACUGUUGUGCCCCAGUGAUGAAUAUGACUUUUGGAUUUACAGACAUGAAAACCUGAAUGCUCUACUGUUCCAAGUAAAGAAUCCAGCGGUGAAACACAUCACCAAGAUCUUAGUAACCACUCAUUCUACAUUCAUACACCAGUUCCAAGCAUUAUGUGAAGAGGUAGUCCAAAAGAUCGCUGAAGCUACUUCCAACAUCGAAUACUUACAAGUCAUCAAACAGCCUUGCGCUAUACUUGAAUGUGUGGUGGAUCCAGAUGAAAUAUCCAGGCACAUUCCGAAAAUAAUAAACCUCUUCAGGUUCAUUUGGAUGGAGUCACCAUAUUACAACUCCGAAACAAGAAUAACGAAUUUGUUCAAAGCUCUAAGCAACCAGAUUAUAAUUUUGUGCCGAAACUACAUCAAGCUCGAUGACCUUUUUGAUGGAGCUACGAAGAAAGCUUUAGGGGAGUUUAGCAAAUGUAUCGACUGCUGCAAAAGAUACAGAGAAAUCUAUGAUGUGAUGGCAGAAGCUCACAAUGAGAUCAAUCCAAACAGCUGGAUGCUGGACACAGGAUCUAUCUUUAACUAUAUUGACUCCUUUAUCCAAAGGUGCUUUGAUAUGUUGGAUGUCUGCAACUGUAUGAUUAUUUUUGGGAGGAUCGAUGAGCUGGAGCCUAUCAGUAAGUCGAUAUUCGCGGGCGCCAGAGGAGACGUGUUCGAAGCGAAGUGCGACAACAUCGAGAGGCUGUUCUUCAGCGCUCUGCUCGAUGUGAGAGGAGUGGCUCACACCAUACUCGAUGUUCAAGCUCCAUCGUGGUACGAUGACAUACUGAAUUUUCGCUCUGUGAUUAAGGAUAUCGAGAUAAUAAUAGAGAACUUAGUGGAGUCGGUGUUCGAAGGCGUGAACAACGUGGAAGAGGCCGUGCUGGCACUCUUCUCUCUUAACAAUUACUCCAAAAGGAAUAAUCUGAAGCGUAUUUUUAAAAGGAAGACUGCUGAGGUAUGGGCAAUGUUCAGUGAAGAAGUCCAAGAGUCUAAGAAAGACAUGGUGUCCACUCGUAGUCAGCAUCCAGCGGACAUGCCAUCCUUCGCCGGGAGAGCCACCGUACUCAAGAUGAGGAAGAAUCGACUCAUGUAUCUAAAAAAGAUAAUGACAGACGCAUCUGUAUGGAUGAUGGCGUGCAGUAGUUCCGAGGAGGUGAUAAUGCACGUGAACAGACUCACGGGAGCAAUCGAUGUGGCCAUCAGAGAGCUCUGGAUAUCCUGGACGCACAACUUGGACGAAAAAUGUGGAGCUGGGCUGAACAGGACUCUGAUGAGGAAGAGUGCUGAAAACCCUGGACUACUGGAGUGUAAUAUUGACUCAAAUAUUUUGGAUUUAUGCCAUGAAGCUGCGCAUUGGGAGAAUCUAUUGAUGGACAUUCCUCUGCAUGCUUAUCAGGUUUACAUGAAGGGUAAGAAUGUAUACUACGUGUUUGAGAGUGUAUUAGCCGUCGUUAAAGGGUACAACAAGAUCUUGGACUCGCUGUCGGACGAAGAGAGGUUGCUGUUCAAACCGCUUAUCAAUGUAAGUUCAUUUAUCUAUCCGUCACACUUUUAA